AUGACGAAGGGUACCACGUCGAUGGGCCAGCGCCAUGGGCGCACUCACAUCCUCUGCCGCCGCUGCGGCCGCAACGCAUACCACGUUCAGUGGGAGCGCUGUGCGGCCUGCGCCUACCCACGCGCGAGCCGUCGCCGUUACAAUUGGUCCGUCAAGGCCAUCAAACGCCGUCGCACUGGCACAGGCCGCUGCCGCUACCUGAAGGAGGUGAACCGCAGAAUUAAGAACCACUUCAAGACUUCUCUCAAGGCGUAA